AUGGAAAAUUAUUCGUACAAUUCAUAUCCGGAAUCCGGCGACUCAUCGCCACGAUCCCGAGAAAUCGAUUUUGAGAACCCACCACCAUGGGAAGAUGGUCAGAUGCCCAUAAAUUACAAAGUUAAGUUCAUGUGCAGUUAUGGCGGAAAAAUCCAUCCUCGCCCACAUGACAAUCUGUUGUCGUAUAUAGGAGGCGAAACUAAAAUCCUCGCGGUUGAUCGAAACGUCAAAUUUGGAUCUCUGCUUUCGAAGUUGAUUGCGUUGUGUGAUAAUGACAAUAUUUCGUUUAAAUAUCAGUUGCCUGGUGAAGAUCUGGACGCUUUGAUCUCGGUUACGAAUGAUGAUGAUUUGGAGCACAUGAUGCAUGAGUAUGAUCGGCUAUAUAGGGUUUCUCCAAAACCGGCGAGGCUAAGGUUGUUCGUUUUUUCGAAUCCGCAUGGGAGUUUGAAUUCUUCAGCGAGGAGUUUUGGAUCGGAUGAGGUGAAAUCGGAGAAGGAGAGGUUCGUGGAGGCGUUGAAUACUGGGCCUGUGCUGACGGCGCCACCUCCUCCUGCAGCGGCUGUGACUGCGUCUGUUUCACCUCAGGCACCGCCAAUGAAUAAUAAUGUGGAUUUCUUGUUUGGGUCGGAGAAAGGGAAUAGAAUGGCGCCUCCGCCGCCUCCAAUGGUGGGGAAGGUUCAGGAGGCGGAGGAUCCUGCUAUUCCGAAUUUAGAGGGGAGGUUGAUUGGAUCCGAUCCGAUCCAGAAGCACAUUCAGGAUCUGCAGAGGCUGAGACUUGAAGAGCAACAAGAGAUGUACAGAAGAAAGAGCGAUGAUAAUCUUGCCGGAGGAUUUGCCGGCGGUGAGUAUUACAAGGUACCGGAGAAAUUGUCGCCGGUCACCAUGCCUGGAGGUGUGCCAGUGCCUACUGGGUAUUGGCCAGAAAAGCAGGUCGGCGGCGGAGGGGUAUUUCCGGCAAGUACUCUGAACACUGAACAACCAGUUUACAUUAUUCCAGGUCCAGCAGGUGCAUAUCACGCGCCUCCCAUGGUGAGGCCCGUGACUGGACCUAACGGCCAGGGAUAUUACGCCGUUCAAAGGAUGCCACAGGAGGUUUACCGUGAUCAACCACCAGUAUACAAUGUCAUGCCAUCGGUACCACAACCACAUGCAGCAGUGCCGUCCAUGGCGGCAGCACAACCACCGACACUGCCGCCGCAUAAGGUAACUGGGUAUUCCGAAGGCUACGGUAUGGUGAGACCCACAACCACAGGCGGCGGCGGAGGAGUCGGAGUGGUGACGGAGGCGGGUUACACACAGGUGGCUUACGACGGCGGGAUGGGUAGACAGGUGAUGUACACGGCUGGUCCAGGAGGAGUAAUCGGGGGCCCACCACAAGUCCAACAGGCUCAGUAUCAAGCAAUGGCAGCUGCUGCAGAAUUGAGAUCGGCCAGCAGCGUUGAAUCCGGAAGCGGCAGGGGUUAA